GGUCAGGCAGCAGGAAGGAGCGCCCUGGGGCAUGCUGGGAGCUGUAGUCCUGGGGCACGGCGCCGCCGGGCGGCCAUGUUAGUUUGGGGAGGUGCAGUCUCUGCUCCAGCUGCGGCCCGGCUGAGGUGAGGGUCGGGGCCGCCUGUGAGGAGCGAGGCCCUUGGGCGGGCGCGGGGGUGUCUCCUGCUAGCCGGCCGCUCGAGGGUGAGCUCCAAAGCGCCCGGUGCGACGGGCUCCCGGUCAGCUCGAGCCGGGCCCGGCCGGGGUAGCCCCGGGAAGGACCCGAGAGCUGGGGAGGGGAAGGAGCCGGAGACAGCCCCCCUGGGCACAGGCAGCGGGCACCCCGACUCCCAGAGCCCCUCUGAGCCGCCCCGGCCCCGCUCGCCCACAGCAGCUGUCCCGGCCCCAGCACCUCCCCUGCGGCCUGUCCAGCAGCCCCAGGCCGUGGGAGCGGCGAGCGGGGCCUCGGGUGCCCUCGAGCCUCGGUUAAGGCAGGUGCCAUCAGCACGGGUGCGGGCAAGGAGCCGUGUCUGCAGGAGCUCCUGCAGCAGGAGGGGUCCAGCCUGGGGCCUGCUGCAGGAACCAAAGUGGCUGCUGCUUUCCCUCGCUCAGAGGCCACGCUGAGGGCUCUGUUGUAUGUUCCUCCCCGAGGAGGUUGUUGGCUGCAUCUGGCUGAGGUGUGCGUGGGCUGUGUUCUGGCGGCGUGGGUGCAAAGGGGCAGGUGGACACGUGCUGGCUUUGGAGAGGAGCUGCUGCGGCUGAAGCUGAAGAGACCAGAAGAAGGUAAAGCAGCUGGAGAAUGAGGACAGCUGUCCUUCUGUCUCUCUCCAGCUGCAAGCAAGAGAAAGCUGGCCUCUCCAGGGGAGGAAGGAUCCCUCUGAGUAGUCCUCAUCAGACCAGAUCACCAACAUGCACCGUGGGCAGACACUCCAAACCCUUGCAGGGCAUGGAUGGAGAUCACAUUCUAGUAAACCUGCUCAAAACAUACAUAUACGCAAACCUGGAGCUGGGUUUAGCUUUGAACUUAUUGAUGAACAGAAAGAGUUUCAAGCUACUGCUCAUAAAUUUGCUGUGGAGAAAAUUAUUCUUGUUGCAGCACAAUAUGGCAAAACUGGAGAGUAUCCUCUUCCGCUCAUAAAACGGGCCUGGGAACUUGGUCUUAUAAACUCACACACACCAGAAAGCUGUGGUCUCUCCAGCUUCAGCCACUGCAGCUCCUGUCCACAGCCAGUAAGUGCUCCAGGUGUCCCUUUUCGCCAUGCCACUAGGAGAAUGAGGCCAAAGGCAACCCACACAAACGUGAGCCGGAGGCAGUCAACAACAUCCCUGGAGAGAAACCGACAAUUGAGUCCUCCGUGCUGCCUCUGGGAGAGGGAAAGAACAAACAACUGUUAUCCACAGUGAUGACUGUACUUCUCCUCAGGCAUGAACCCCUCCUUCUGCAGGAGCACGGCGAUGAAAGAGACUCGGGACGACAACAAGCUGGUUCCAAAGCAGCAGCAAAAAGAGUUCUUUAUUGUCUCUUACAGCAUAUUUAUAUGUUACUAAAACAGAAGCGCAUAUCUGGCUCAGCUGGGAUGUUAGCCAGUCCUCAGAACACUUAAAGAUGAACAUACACUCCACGUACAUACUCAUGACUGUCUUCAGCCACAUCUUCCCAGGCAGACUCCAGGCAGUCCUCUGACCUGACCUUGUAAAACUAGUUCUUCAAAGGCUUUGCAAACAUACAGCACAGCAAGUUCUAAUGUUCAAUCUUGAUUCAAAUGCCAGAUGUUUCGAGCUGCUCUCACACAGGAGCUUCUGGAGAUGCCGUUCUUUCCCUGAACUGAUGCUAACAGCACCUGCAUUUAUGGUGCAAUAAAGCAUAUUCAAGGACCA